GAAUAAGUAGCUGUUAGAGAUCCAUCGUUCUUCUAUUUCCCUUUACACCAUUCAUCGAUAGCGAUUUAGCCAACAUGAGUCCUGGACUCGGACACGACCCUCUUCCUUCGUAUAAUAUCACCGCAUUAGGUAAUACGGCAUUAUGUCUGUGGCAGCAGCCGCAGCACAUACUAUUUCAAUUGGCGAAUUUCUGCUUCGCGUUGUCGUAUUCAGCACCCUCCUCUAGGAAAGGAAUAUUAUUUAUGCAUUCUGUGUUAAUAAUAGGCUUCAUGUUGCUAUCUGGUUGGGCAUGGCACGUGAUCUGUGCCCCGGACAUCUUCUCCUGGAACUUCAGUUUCCUGGUGCUGAACAUUGGCCAACUGGUCUAUAUCGUUUAUCAAAUGAGACCAGUUCGAUUCGACCCAGAAUUAGAAGAAGCUUAUCACACCCUGUUCUACCCGUUCAAAGUGUCUCGGCUGCAAUUUAAAAGGCUCGUGUCCCCAGAAUUUGCAUCCAUAAUGUCUUUGCACGCUGGCGAAGCGUAUGCAAUGCAAAACUUAACACGAACCGACAGAUUGGGGCUGUUGCUUAGCGGCAAGGUUAAUGUUCUUAGCGAUUCGAAUUUCCUGCAUCCCAUUCUGCCUUGCGAGUUCUUGGAUUCGCCGGAAUUCGAAAGUUCUCGGGCCUCUGUCGAUGACAAAUUUAAGGUAUCGAUUGUCGCCGCAAGCUCGUGCAGAUACUUAUAUUGGCAAAGAUCCGCAUUAGAAUAUCUUCUCGUAAAAGAAGCAUACCUCGCGACAGUUUUAACAACCUUGGUUGCCAGGGACAUCGCAACAAAGUUGUACGCUAUGAAUAAUAAGAUUGUUACAGACAAAGGAUCGCAUUUGGAUAUAAGACUUCCAACGAUCAGCGCAGGGCUGUCGAUAAGCGGCGAAUACAGAAGUCCAAGAGCAUCCAGACAAGCGUUGAUUCGCAGGAAAGAAUCAUCUUUGUCUUCCGAUAAUGGUAUUUCUAAUUUAAAAGAUCGUCCAGCAAACAACCUUGCCAAGAAAGGUGCUCCAAACAUGGAACCUCUGCCGGAAAUGCCUUCUUGCGACGACCUGGCAUCCAGUGGCGUGGAGAGUUGGUUGGACUCGUCGAGCAAGUAUCACAGUUGCGAGAUCGUGGACGAAGAAUAGCAGGAGGCCUCCUUAACGCCGGACACGUUUUACGAAAGAGACAGCGACUAGUGUCCACGUUAAGGUGUUAUACAAUGUGAGACGAAGACUGCAGAUUUUUUAA